AGAGCAGAUGAGGAAACAGAGUAACGGUACUACAGCGCUUUCUCUUGUGUCGGUUCAGUAUCGUUCUGAAACAAUGAACAACGCUGGACUUUAACUCUUGGAUUACAGUUGCAGGACAGUCCUUUGUAUUACAGUUCAAAAAUAACCAUGAAGAAUGACAUGUUUUCUCAAAAGUUAGAAGAUGCAUUUCCUUUCAAGAGGCUCACAUUAAUCGAGAAAUGUGUGUUUUCCUAGACACACAGUGAAGGAUGCAAGGUGCUUUUGCACGGGUUUGCAUGGUGGUAGUAGCCGCUAUCCUCAACCACCCGCUGCUCUUCCCUAAUGAGAACACCACCAUCCCUGAGCAAGAUGACGAGCUCCUGACCCGGAUGAAGGAGCACCAGGAGAAACUGGAGGCCGAACAGAAGCGCCUGGAUCAGGAGAUCUCACAAACAGAAACAGCUCUGAUUGAUGAUCCAGACAGUUACAGCUGGUACUUUUGGAGCACUCUCUGCCUAGUCAUUUUCUUCACGAUUGAGGUGUGCAGGCAGGAUAUGAUCCCUACUGAAAUGCCAGACACCAUGGAAGAUGAAGAUGGAGAAUCCAGUGCCGAAUAUCUCAUCGCUAAGACUGUAGCCCUAGAUAAAGGUGUCCUGAGUAACUUCUGCAAGACCCACUUCCAUCCUUUCAUCCACGAGAGCGGGAGAGUGCGAGAGUUUAUCGAAGGCUUUGCAGAUGAUCUGCUCGAGGCUUUGAGAAGUGUUUGCGUUCGAGAUUCUGACCUGGAAGUCGAGGACUUUGUUGGCAUAGGCAGCAUGUUUGAGUCCUGGAGGGUGUCUAAACCUCCUACAUGUGACCUCUUUGUGCCUUUUGCACCUCCACAGCCAUUCAGGUUCCAGUCUCAGCUCUGGUGCGACCCCUCCACUGAAAUUCCACUGGACUUGCAAGGAUGUGGAAGGAUUAAACUAAUAAAACCAGGUGGAAAUGGCACAGACUGUCUUUGUGGCUCAACCAAUCUCGGUGAUGAUAUGCUCUGUCUGCUUCACAAUAGAAAUGAGAGUGAAAAACUUGAGGAACACACACUGGUGGAGCUCCUCUGCGAGAAGAACACCUCAUAUUUGUCGAAAGAUCAGAUCAUGAGAUGGUUCCAGAUCUCGGUGAGCAAAGCAUGGGGCCAGAUCUCUCACAAGUACGAUUUUGAGCUGGCAUUUCGGAACCUAGACUUCCCUGGAGCUCUGAAAAUCAGAUUUAGGUCUGGAAAGACUGUCAUUCUUAACAUUACCCCUGCCGUUCAGUUUGAGGACACGGAUGCUUACCUCAUCUCUCAUUUCCCAUCUGACACUAGUAACUCCUCAGACAUUCACUGGCAACUCUCACUAACUGUUUAUGAAAAGAACCUGCUUAAACAUCUAGCAAAACGACUUCCUACAAAUUCGUGUCAUGUUCACUGUCUUCAGAUAGUUUCUUUCUUGCACAAAAAGCAGACGGCUUUGACUGGGAGAAGCGCCUUUUCUAAUUACCAUAUAAAGACGGCGCUUUUGCAUCUGCUGUUGAGUAAACGUCCUGCGAUGUGGCAGCCGCAGAAUCUCAAUCACAGAUUAAGAGAUCUGCUCCGCUUCCUGCAGCAAAGCCUAGAGGAAAAGAGACUCUAUCACGUUGUUGUUGGGAACCCUCGCAUCCCAGUGGAAAUUCUGGUUCCCAAAAUAAUCCGUACUGCGGAACCGAUAAACCUGUUUAGGCCUCUUGUAUUGCAGAGGCACGUAUAUGCCAAAAUGGAGGAGCAUUUUCAAGAGAUGGUCAAAAAUACCUCUGUGCUUGUUCAAGAAUAUACCCCACACUUAUCUAAUGGUUACGUGAGACAUGAAUUUAGCUCAACAGAUCAGACAUAGACUUACUCACUGCUCUGGCUUUGAGUGCAAGGGAUUUUUUACAGCCUAAUUACAUGAUGACGUUAUGCACCUCAAAUGUAAACAACAUGUUAAGCACUGACUGUUUCUGAUGCUAUGAUGAUAUUUGGGUGUUUCUUUAACUAUGGGUUUUUGGUUUGUUUUUUUGUCCCAGCGGCCAAAUUUCAACUUUUACAUUUUUGUUAUAUGUAGGUCACGUUAAAGUGAACUUGGAAACUUUUGUCUAUUUUUUAGCAUUUAUUUUUGUUACUUUUCAAAUGCCAUUCAUAUAUAAUUUUAUUGUUUUACUCUUGUCCCAGACUGAGACUUUCCAUCUGAAAAUAUAAAAUCCAUCAUAAAAAUAUGAUACAUUUUUUUAAUUAUCAUAACAAACAGUGAAUUAAUAUAUUUAUUUAUAUAUAUAUAUAUAAUGUGUACACUUUACUACUUCUCCUUAGUUUUGGUGUCAUUUUCACAACAAUAAACAAACUUUGCAUCUAAUAAUAAUAAUAAUAAUAAUAAUAAUCAAGCAAAAGUUACUGUUUUGUUUGUUUGUUUUUACCAAGGGGACAGUGUCAGUUUAGAGCAUGAUGGAGUUGAAAUAAGAUUUAAUGUGUGAAGAAAAUCAAGGUAAAUAUCACCUAAUAACAGUUAUUUUUAUCAUGCAUUAUUUCAAGCUAUAAUGUUGUUCAAUGAUGCAAAAAGUGAAAACAAGUGUGUAUUUAAAAUAUCUAAAAUGCUUGCUGUGAAAUUGUCCUUAGCAAGAUUUUCCGGAAAAAAAAGUUUAAAAUGUAAUUUCCACCACAGAAUGUUACCAAACACAAUACAUAAUUUGAGAUGUGAAUGACAUGAUGUUGCUGCUAUAAAAUAAUAGGAUUUUAAGAAAGUUUAUUUUCCUAAAGUCCACAGGGCUAAAAGUGCACAUGGUUGAAGAAACACCCACUUGCUAUUCAUCAUCAUUCUGGCAGCUGAUUCAGAAUCUCUGAACCAUGAGUUAUUACAAAUGAUGUUAUAUCAUGUUAAGAAUUUAAAUUCUAUAACAUGAGAGUAUUUAGCAGUAUUAUCAGUUUUGAUCUUGUCUGUCAACAUAAGGGAUUGUUGAAAUGUCUAAACAAAGUGUGAGCAGCAAGCACAUCUAAAGAAAUGGUGCACAUGUACAGGCCCAAGCAGAAGCUGUUUCACAGGUUUGAAGAGGGCUUUUUAAAAAAUAUAUCUUUUCUGUACAAUGCACUGGUUUUACUCCUUGUAGUCUUUGUCUUAGAUUUUUUUUUAAACAGAGAUGCACUAAACAAACUUUUAAGUAGUAUGCAGUUGUGCAGUUUCCCCUCCCAGGAAGCAAUGUUGUUGUACAGCCUCAUGACAUGCAGUGCAUGACUCAGUAGCAUUUCACUUGUGACCAAAGAGGAAACUGGUCAUAUAUAUAGAGAUUUAUAUUUACAUUUAUGCAUUUUGCAAAAGCUUUUAUCCAAAGCAAGUUACACUCAGGGGUUUUUCAAAGCAAAAAAAAAAUCCUGAGCCUGAACUUUUUUGUGGGGAUGGGAUGGGGCGGGCCAGGGGGGUGCGGGUGUUGGAUGGGGCAGCACAUGCAAAGCAUGCAAUGACUGUGGCAACUUUAACAUUUGAAAGGAUACUAUGGCAAAGUUACUGUUUUCCUUAUUGUUUUCCUUAUCCUUAUUUUUUCAUGAAUAUAUGGUUCAUGAAAGCA